GAAGAAGAAAAAUAGAGAAAAAAGUAAACAGCCUGUGAGGAUCAGAAGGAAAGUCGGAUAAUAAGAGUGAUUAUUUAUAAGCCGGAGGAACGUGGCUGGUAAAGCAGAUCUCUGAUUAUUGGAUACUUGAGUUCGCUGUUCAGUUAGCCACUGGAUACGACAAAGCGUGUGCACUUUGAACUGUGCGCGAGAGAGAUUUCGGUAGGUAACACCCACCGCCCUAACAAACGCAGCAUCAGAAACAGCAUUAUUCAAAUCGACAACAACAGAAGCAGCUAUCUAUAGAAGGAAUUAACCAUGCCUGCGGAAAACCACUUUGCGACUGGCGGCCUAGCACCACCCGAGUCGCAAUUGCAACUAGCCAGUGCAGAGCCACCGGCUGCGGUUGAGUCCUGCCUGCACCACUUGAUUGACAGGCGCUGUGAAGACCGGCCCGAUGCGCCCGCAGUGUGCGCCUGGAAUGGCGAUUUUACCUAUGGGCAACUCGGCACCUUAGCCAGGCUGUUUGGUGCGUUACUAGCUGCCGGAGGUGUUGGGCCGGAGGUGUUCGUGCCUAUUUACUUCGAAAAGUCGCGUUGGACGAUUGUUGCGAUAUUAGGUGUUUUGCAGGCCGGAGGCGCAUUCUGGAUGUGCCGAACAGUGAAUGCGCAUUUGGUGGUAGCCUCAUCGCACAAUGCGACAAAGGCCAGCAGUCUCGCCCCUAGGGUGGUAGUGCUGGAUGACAAACAACAACCAGACUAUACCAAGGUGUCACCUGAGACAGCGAGUCGUGUAAAAUCGAACAACGCCGCAUACGUGAUAUUUACGUCCGGAAGCACCGGGACUCCCAAAGGCGCAGUGAUAGAACAUCGGUCGAUUUCAUCAUCGAGUGUCGCACAUGGUCCCAGAGUAAAUAUUACCUCUGCGUCGAGAGCAUUGCAAUUUGCUUCUUACGCCUUCGAUGCCUGCCUGCUGGAGAGCCUGACUGUGCUGGUACACGGAGGAUGUGUUUGUAUUCCAUCGGAGACGGAGCGACGAAGCGACCUGACCGGCGCGAUAGCCCGUCUGCGAGUCAAUUGGGCUUCGAUUACGCCGUCCAUGGCUCACUCGAUGGAGCCAGAGACACUGCCAUCACUCGAAACACUUGUUUUGAUAGGUGAAGCAAUGAGCAAGGAGGAUAUCAAGCAAUGGGCCUCACACGUGCAGUUAUUCAAUGGCUAUGGCCCAACCGAGUGCACCAUUUUAGCCUGCACUCAUGCCAUGUCAGAGGCGGAGGAUCUUCCGAUCAAGAUUGGACACGCAGUGGGCGGUAGCUGCUGGAUUGUGGACGAGAAUGAUAUCGAGCGCGUUCGUGCAGUUGGUCAAGCAGGCGAGCUCCUGAUUGAAGGGCCGAUUGUCGGCCGAGGAUAUAUAGGAGACCCGAGCAAGACUGCUGCCGCCUUCGUCGACCGCCCCGAAUGGCUGAGGAAGAUAUGGCCGGACGCCCAUGGUAAAGUAUACAAGACCGGCGAUCUAGCCCGCUGCUUCCCGGAUGGAACUAUCGAAUGCUUAGGCCGCAAGGACAGUCAGUUGAAGGUACAUGGACAACGAAUGGAGGCCGCCGAGAUCGAAUACCACCUGCGUCGACAUCUGGGUAAUAUGGACGUCGCUGUGGAGGUGGUCAAACCGAGAGAUGACGCUGAAUCGCCAAUUCUAGCCGCCUUUGUUGUUCAGGAGCCCAAAGCCCUCGGCGAUACUCAAAAGUCCAACCUCGAGGCUCACCUCACCAUGCAGAAUGAGGAUUUUGGUGUACUAGCGCAUACAGUGAAGGGUAAAUUGCGACAGGCCCUGCCUUCAUACAUGGUCCCCACAGCCGUUUUAACGCUGUCCCGCAUGCCUUUGAGUACAAGUGGAAAAUUAGACCGCCGGAGCCUGCGCGAACUCGGAGGUUCGCGAUCCCGCAGAGAGCUGCAGAAGUUGAGCUUUGCGGCGACGAUCAAGGCGCCACCGAGAGAUCGCAUGGAGGAAUCAAUCCAAGGGCUGUGGGCUGAGGUUCUCCACUUGCCCGUGGAAUCUAUCGGUGUUGAAGAUAGUUUCUGGAGCCUGGGAGGAAGCUCUAUCCGCGCAAUGAAGCUGGCCGGGGUCGCUCGCCAGCGCGGACUGAAACUGAUGGUUGAAGACAUCUGGGGUGCCGGCACGCUGGAGGAAAUGGCGGCAAAUGCGAGUACCAAGGAUGUGUCAGCAAAGGAAGUGCCUGUCUUUGCCCUCUGCGAGAAUCAAAACGAACGGAUGGAGCUGAUGAAUACCUUAAGCGAGUAUGGGAUUAAGCAGGACGACAUCGAGGACAUUUAUCCUUGUACCCGGCUGCAGGAAGGCCUUUUUUCGUUGACAGCCAAAUCAUUCGGGGCGUAUACCAUGUCAAUGGAAUUUGAGCUCCCGGGCAACAUCAAUAUCGAUCGAUUCCGUCGGGCUUGGGAAACGACAGUCGAGGCCAACCCAAUCCUGCGCACGCGAAUUGUGCCCGGAAAUGCUGCAACUCUUUGGCAGGCUGUCAUUCGGGAUAUCAUUCCAUGGGACUCCCGAGACCCGGCCGAUGAAAUCCCAACACAUUGGAAGAAUUGGCACCUAGGGCAAAGGUUGAUCCGACUGGCCUUGAGUAACUCCACAAACUCAGGUGCUCCUCACCUAUUCACGCUCGUGAUUCACCACGCCUUGACCGACGGCUGGGGCCUCCCCUUGGUGCUGCAGCAGGUGGAAGCUGCCUACAAAGGCCAGAGCUUGACUUCAAGACCGUUCAGUCCCUUUGUCCAAUACUUGACACGUGGAGACCAAGCAGAUUUGGAUCGACACUGGAAAGAGAACUUAGUGAAUUUGAACGCGGCCAUCUUUCCCAAAUUGCCGUCGCCCGGCUACACUCCGAAGCCGACGACGACAACGACGUGUACUAUACCGAUGCAAUCCGGCACAGACAUGGGAUAUAUUACACUGGCUGCUCGACUCAAGUUGGCAUGGGGUAUUCUCCUCUCCCAUUAUACUGAUAGCUGGGAUGUACUAUUUGGGGUAACUGUUGCUGGCCGUGGUGCGCCAGUAGAAGGAAUAGAAUCCAUGACUGGGCCCACUAUUGCCACCAUUCCCCUGAGGCUACUGCUCGAGCCGCAGGCAACAGUUAUCGAGACCUUGGAGAAAAUCCACACACACUCGCUUCAGACUAUGUCCGUGGAGCAAGCCGGGCUUCAGCGCAUCAGCCGCUUAGGCGCCGAGCCUGCCGCAGCCUGCCAGUUCCAAAGUCUCCUAGUCAUCCAGCCGGAUGAAAGCGACAACGAGAGGCCGCCCAUGUUUGCCAAAUGUUGCGAAAUUACCCAGCAAGCGGAAAACUGCUCCCAUGGUGUCACAGUAGUCGCUAAGCCAUCGUCAACUUCGGUGGAGCUGAGCAUCACCUAUGACCCGCUGAUGAUCACCGACGUGCAGAUGACGCGACUUACACAUCAAUUCGAGCAUAUCCACCACCAAAUUCAGCGGGCCCCCACCGUUCGAUUGCAAGAGAUUGGAAGCGUCAGUGCAUCCGACAUGGCGGAGUUGCGGAAAUGGAAUGGUCGAGCUCCUAGACAAGUCGAGGAGUGCGCACAUGAGCUUAUCUAUCAGCGGACACUAAUCCAGCCUGAAGCAUCGGCUGUGUGUGCAUGGGAUGGGGGGUUCUCAUAUCAAGAACUUGAAGACCAUGCUUCGAAUCUAGCCAGGCACCUAUCGGCCCGUGGUGUAGGUGCGGAGGUAUUUGUUCCAUUGUAUUUCGAGAAAUCGCGAUGGACCACCGUCGCGAUGUUAGCGGUGCUGAAAGCUGGUGGUGCGUUCGUCUUACUCGAUGCGUCUCAUCCGUUGGACCGACUGCAAAAUAUCUGUCGCGAUACAAGAGGGUCCCUUGUGAUUUGCUCGGAGGCCAAAGCCUCUUUUGCGAGCGAACUGGGCCUAUCUGAGAUUGUCAUUCUCGGCCCUAAUCAAGUUCAGUUUCUGGAAAGGGGACCUGCCAUGGAACCCUGUAACGUCAUGCCGAGCAAUGCGAUGUAUGUGGUGUUUACGUCGGGAUCAACGGGCAAACCUAAAGGGGCCGUUAUCACACAUGGUGGCUGGUGCACUAUUGUGCAGGCAAACUACCCCAAAGCAGGCCUUGGACAAGGGUCCCGGGUUUUGCAGUUCGCUGCAUAUGCCUUUGACAUGAGUGUGUGGGACAAUCUCGUGACGCUAGUAGCAGGUGGCUGCGUAUGCGUGCCAUCCGACCAAGACCGCCUGUCAAACCUCACAGGCGCUAUUGCUGCACUCAGGGCCAAUUGGGCCACGAUCACGCCGUCAAUCGCACGCAUCCUAAGCCCACAGACCUCCCCCACUCUAAAGCAUCUCGCUCUAGGUGGGGAGCCCAUGACGGCAGCUGAUGUCCAGAAAUGGUCACCGUACCUGCACCUCAUGAACUCAUAUGGCCCCGCCGAAUGUGCGAUGCAGGUAUCUUUGAAGGAGAACCUGUUAGAUCCCAGCCAAUCGACAAACAUUGGUACGUUUCACGGUGCUGUCGGAUGGGUUGUUGACCCACAAAAUGCGGGACGCCUGCGCCCCAUCGGUGCUGUGGGAGAGCUGCUGAUAGAGGGUCCGAGUAUUGCGCGAGAAUACCUGGACAACCCACAAAGAACAGCUGAGGCAUUUCUGGAGAAUCCUCCGUGGAUGCACGAAUUCCGGGACGAAGCAUGUCGUUUAUACAAGACCGGAGAUCUCGUGCAGUACACAGCCGACGGAGAGUUAGUAAUUGUCGGACGCAAAGACACACAGGUGAAGCUACGUGGACAGCGAGUAGAGAUGGGAGAGGUUGAGUAUCACCUACGCCGAUCUUUUCCGGAUGCCCAAGGCGUAGUUACAGACCUCCUUUACCCACACGACGGGCGAGCUGCUCUCCUGGCUGGGUUCGUCUUGCGCACCCCGAUCCUAGGUCACACCAACCUUAUUGCGGACAGCGAUGCCAAUUUCCGCAAAGAAGCCGGCCUUGCGCUUUCUGCAAUGAGCCAGGCUCUUCCGCCAUAUAUGGUUCCGGCCGUUUUGAUACCUCUAAACCGCCUGCCCCUGUCACCAACGGGGAAAGUUAAUCGGCGCGAACUGUGCUCGCAGGCGGCGUUAUUAUCCCGUGAACAGCUUGAGCAACUCAUAAUGGAAGGGAAGACCGACAUCCGAGACCCAGAGACCCACACACAGUGCGAAUUACGGCGGCUUUAUGCAGAUGUUCUGUCGAUCCCCGAGGACAAGAUUGGGAUUGAGGACGACUUCUUUCGACGGGGAGGCGAUUCACUAUCGGCCAUAAAAUUGGUCGCUGGUGCUCAGAAAUUGGGCUAUGCUUUUACCGUGGCUGAUGUUUUUACCAGGCCCCGAAUAGUCGAUCUGGUGGCGGGGAUGAGCAUCGUUAAUGGGGCACCCUCCGAUGACAUUGUACCACUCAGUCUUGUGCCAUCGCUGGAAGUGCAGGAACAGGUUGUAUCAUCCCUGCUGGCCCAGAGCGAUCUCACCCGAGAUCAGAUCGAAGAUGUGUAUCCGACCACGCCGAUGCAAGAAGGCCUGAUGGCACUAAGUUUGAAAUCACCUGGGAAAUACGUGGCAACAUUCGUGUAUGACCUGGAGGAAGGAAUCAAUCUGAACCAGUUGAGAGAAGCCGUUAACAGCACUGUCUCAGCGAAUCCCAUUUUGCGUACACGACUCACUCAGACCCCCGAGGGUACCUUCCAGGUCGUGAUCCGAGAAGCUGCUCGGUGGAUGAUCCACGCCACGCAACAGGAGUGCGAUGAGGCCCGCGCGCAAAUCCCCGUUAUGGGUCCAAACAAACAGCUACUGCGUCUGGACUUGAUAACUGACCGUCCACAGCUCGUGGUCACCAUUCACCAUGCGCUGUAUGAUGGCUGGUCUCUUCCUCUUCUCUGGGAUCAGAUCGAAGCAGCAUACCGUGGACAUGCUCUACAGCCCCGGCCAUUUUCACCCUUCAUCCGCUUUCUGCAGCGAGAAAGUGACGCGACCUCGUUCUGGCAAUCCCAAUUUGAAGGGCUGGAUGCGGGCGUUUUCCCGCCUCUUCCAUCCUCAACCUACCAACCUAAGCCAAGUCAUGCAAUCCAUCGACUUCUCCCAAUGCCACCAUACAUCCACACGGAUGUAAUGAUGACGACCGCAAUCCAGCUCGCAUGGGCAGUCAUCAUGUCCUACUACACGGACUCCAACGACGUUGUAUUUGGCCUCACGCUCAGUGGACGAAACGCACCUGUUGUCGGUAUUGAUGAAUUCACGGGGCCGACGCUUACUGCAGUACCAUUCCGCACCAAAUUGCAUCUGGACCGGCCCAUUCAGCAAGUGCUACGUGAAAUCAAGAACAGGCUGACUGCCAUGAUGCCUUAUGAACAAACGGGUCUGCGUGAUAUUCGGUCUGUCAGCGAGGAUGCUGUCAAAGCCAGUGAAUUUCAGAGCCAGUUGGGGAUUCAACCACCUGGCCUAUCCAGGAGCGGCACCUUAGCUACCGAAGUGGAAGGGAAUGCCGAAGGAUAUGGAGACUUCACGAGCUAUGGCAUUGUCAUGGUAUGCCACCUGGCUGCAGAGAAGGAACAGCCGCUAGAUGUCAUCGCCCAGUACGACCCGAACAUGUUAGACCCGUCCCAGGCCAAUCGAAUCGUGGUGCAAUUUGAACAUGUUCUUGUUCAGAUCCUGUCCUGUCCCGACAUGCGGAUUGGCGAUAUCUCACCAGUCAGUGGAGAGGAUUGGCGUCAACUGGAGCGCUGGAAUGCCAAGCUUCCACCAUCAUCUGAGCAGUGUCUGCAUGACUUAGUCUUGGAUCACAGCCUCUCGCGCCCGGACACACCAGCAAUCUCAGCUUGGGACGGGGAACUAACCUUCCGAGAGCUGGGCUCUUUGUCCCAGGAGUUUGCGUUAGCCCUUAGAAGCAAAGGUCUUCAGCAGGGCACAAUCGUUCCCUUGUGUAUGACCAGGUCCAGAUGGUGUAUUUUGAGCAUGAUGGCUGUUCUCCGUUCUGGGGCGACCCUCGUCUGCAUGGAUCCUACGCUACCGGCGGAGCGGCUGCAGAAUAUUUUGGAUCAAACUCAGCCACAGAUUGUCAUUGCCUCCCACGACACGAAGUACAAGUUUGAUGGAAGUCCUGUCACGGUGGUCACUUUCCCGUCUGCGGAUCAAAGCGCGAUCCCGGACUUGGCAUCCGAUCCAGAGCCGGUCAUAGACCCUAGCACCCCUGCAUUCAUUGUUUUCACAUCGGGGUCGACUGGGCAGCCGAAGGGGAUAGUGAUGGAGCAUCGAAACCUCUCGACAAGCAUCCAAGCUCACUCCGCCUCGCUCGGUGUAUCGCGGGACAGUCGUGUACUUCAUUUUGCGUCUUACGCCUUUGAUGCCAGCAUCUACGAGGUUUUCACCACUUUGGCAACUGGAGGAUGCCUGUGCAUUCCGUCUGAGUCGGAUAGAAUGAAUGCCAUUGAGGAAUUCAUCAAGGAUAAACAGGUCGACGUGGCUAUCCUAGCCCCCUCGGUACUAGCGACGCUAGACCCCGAUCAGGUGCCCAGCGUGAGAACAGUCACAGUCGGAGGCGAAGCGCUCACACGGCACGUUGCCGGCCACUGGGCGUCACGAGUGACACUGAUAAACGGUUACGGACCAGCCGAAACCACCAUCUGUGCGGCUGGCCGAGUUGAAGCCAGCUGGAAACCCGGGACCAUUGGGCCCAUGUUGGGGGGCGUGGCAUGGGUGACUGUGCCAACAGAUCCGCAGCGAUUAGCCCCACUGGGUGCGAUAGGGGAACUAAUUAUCGAAGGCCCUGUGGUGACUAGAGGGUACCUGAACCGUCCCGACUUGACUAGGGAGGGAUAUAUCGACGCCCCAGAGUGGCUGGUUCGGUGGCGAAAUGGCAAGCCCGGCCGUGUGUAUAGAUCAGGCGAUCUGGUUGAGCUGAAUACCGAAGGAGCCAUUCGCUUCGUUGGCCGCAAAGAUACCCAAGUGAAACUACGCGGGCAGCGUAUUGAGCUGGCAGAAGUCGAAUACCAUGUGAACCGCUGGACGGCAAGCGAAGAUGUGAUUGUCGACAUUGCGGCAGUAGACGGAUCAUCGAUAUUGUUCGCCUGCAUGGUUGAUCGUCUUUCAGAACAAAAGUCCGUGGCAACCGGGUUAUUGCUCCCCCCAACGCAAGGGUUCCUGAAUACUGUUCAGGCCGCUGAGGCAGCGGUGCGUGGGUCCGUUCCAGCGUAUAUGGUCCCUGCGGUCUUUCUGCCUGUUGCCAAUAUUCCCCGAACUGCCGGGGGCAAGGUAGAUCGUCGUUGCCUUCGUGACGCUGUCGCAGGCCUGUCACCUGCAGACCUUCAAAUGUACAAGGCGGGAUCGCGCCACGAGCACCGACCACCAUCCAACGCACGAGAAGAGGCUAUUCGGUGUGUUCUGGCGCGCGUCUUGAAUAAAGAUCCAGAUGUGAUCGGAAUGGAUGACAGUUUCUUCCAUCUUGGAGGGGACUCCAUCACCGCCAUGCGGAUGAUAUCACAGUUAAGACGCGUCGGCAUCACCACCACCGUGGAGGACAUUUUCAAACAGGGCACAAUCGGCAAACUAGCUCCGACGGUUAGCGACAAUAGUAAUGCUCCCUCCCAUUCCUCGGGUGAUGCCACUUUGAACAUGUCUUUCCGCCUUUCCCCUAUCCAACAGCUAUUCUUUGAUCGUACCCGGACGCAGGUUAACCAUUUCGACCACGGUUUCAUGUUUGAGCUACAGAAAACCGUUUCAUCAGAUCAGGUAAAUGAGGCCGUCAGAUGGAUCGUAAAGAUUCACGGUAUGCUCCGGGCACGCUUUUCCAGUGAUGAUACAGGAACAUGGCACCAAACGAUUACCACGGACGUGGACACGUCCUACCGAUAUAGGACGCACCAGAAAACAUCAUGCGCAGAGGCUGAAGUCAUUUUCAAGAACAGCCAGGAAACCCUUCAGAUUCAACAUGGUCCCCUGAUCGCCGUUGACCUGAUAAACAUGAACGGGGGCAAGCAAUGGCUAUCAUUGAUCGCCCAUCGCCUGGUGGCCGAUAUGAGAUCGUCACAGGUUAUUAUGCACCAAUUGGAGCAGCUACUAACGUCCCUGCCUGUCUCCCCGCCCCCCAGUAUACAAUACCCAACGUGGUGCCAAUUUCUAGACCAGUAUACUGCUGCCAAUCCAGAAGUCAUGGGCCAGGAAGCUCCCGAGGCUCAGAUGGACUAUUGGGAACUGACCAACGCGGGCAAUGUGAACGCAGACGCCGAUGAAUAUGGGAUCUUCUUUAACGAGGAGGAUACCAUGCGUUUGCUCGGGCAGGCUAAUGAGAGUUUUCAAACACGGCCGGGCGAGAUUAUCCACGCGGCACUAAUAUUUGCGUUUGCCAAAUCUUUUCCAGACAGAUCUACACCGGUUUUCUUCGUUCAAGACCAUGAUCGGGACCCCUGGGCUGAAGACCUUGACGUGACUGGAACCGUUGGGGUCCUGGAUAGUAUUUACCCUUGCGACGUCCAGGUCGACAGCAAUCACAGCUUGACAGACGUCGUGCGCUGCACGAAGGACACUCGACGCGACGUUCAGCUCAAUGGGCGGUUCUUUUUAUCUGCGCAGCAUCAUCAAAUAAUCAACAUGGAGGUUGUUUUCAACUACCGUGACAAUCACCCGCAUAUGGAAAAACCUGGCUCUCUGUUCGGGCGUGCUCAUAUGCCCUCUUCAGCACUGCUGAACAAGGGUCCUAAGUUGGUUCGCUUUGCCCCAAUUGAGAUCCUUGCCGAAGUGGUGAACGCUCAAUUGCGGGUUCAUUUUAAAUAUAGCCGGUCCAUGAAGAAGGCACCGGCGAUACUCGGAUGGGCAGAUCAGUCACUCGCGGUACUCUCCAGCCUCGCACGCCAAUUGCCGACUCUGACUCGUCAGAUUACGCGGUCUGACCUCCCGCUGCUGCACCUGAAAGACGAACAAUUUGAACGGUUCCGAACGCAAACCAUAGACCCUCUCGCCCGGACAGGACAUGUCGUGGUGGAUGCGUAUCCCUGCUCACCCAUUCAACACGGCAUGUUGGUCAGCCAGGCCAAAAAAGCGAACGAUUAUGUAAACCGCGCCGUCUUCACCGUCCAGAGUCGGCAGGGAGAACCAGUCGACGUUAAUCGACUCGCGGACGCGUGGCAGAAGGUUGUCCAAAAACACCCAAUUCUGCGGACGAUCUUCGUAGACAGCCCUCGCGGUGAUGGUACCGUGGACCAGGUUGUUCUCGACAGCGUUCAACUUGAUGUCAUCAGCCAUGUUUCAGCGAAGACAGAUGAUCCACUACAAGAAUUAUGUCACCACCAGAGUGCCCCUUUCCCCGUCCUUUGCCCACCACAUCGACUGACAGUUUGUCAGUCGGCCACAGGUACUGUUGCCUGCUGCUGGGAGGUACACCAUGCGCUGGUGGAUGGCAUCUCCUCUGCUGUGGUGUUUCGCGACCUUCUGCAGGCAUAUGAUGGCUUCUGGUCUCCUGACUCGGACCGGGUGUACAGAGACUAUAUGGCUCACCUACAACGACAGUCACCUACCCCAUGUCAGCAGUACUGGGACGAAUACACGGAAAACCUCCAUCCAUGCUUCUUCCCGAAACUGGAUAUUGAUGAUGAGCACGGCCUGGAUACUCACCCCGCCCAUUUUACUCGCUCUCUGGCUGGGGCUCCGGCCCUUCAUGCUUUCUGCCAGCUUCACGAGCUCACCAUGGCCACGGUCUUCCAAAUCGCCUGGGGAUUAGUGCUUCGGGCGUAUACCAAAUCUGACGACGUGUGCUAUGGAUAUAUGACUUCUGGUCGAGACACUCCAAUUCAGGGCAUCGAGGACGCUGUGGGGCCGUUCAUUAACUUGCUGGUACGGCGGGUGAACUUUCAUGAGAGCCAAAGUGCCAUCGCAACGUUACGACAAUCACAGGAGGACUUCACACAGUGUCUGCCGUACCAGUACUGGCCGCUAGCUGCAAUUACCCAUCGUCAUGGCAGUCUGCUCUUCAAUUCCGUCAUGUCGGUUCACAGUGGCAUGCCACACCAUCUCGUUCCAGAUUCUUCCUUGAUCUUCCACGAGCAGGGAGGGCAUAAUGCAACAGAGUAUGAUCUGGCCUUGCAUAUCGAAACAGGGAAAGAUCAUGUCGACGUGGUUUUGGAUUAUAGCCAGAUGCUGCUUACCGAAUCCCAGGCGUCGUUCGUCCUCGAUGCAUUUGAACAGGCAGUGCAGGGGCUCAUCACUCAGAGCAAGGAACCGGUCAAGUCGGUGUGUCUCCUGGGAGGCGACUCCCGCAAGGCUGUGUGGGAAUGGAACCGGGAGUAUCCCAACCCGGUGGAGCGAUGCGUGGGCGAUAUGAUUCUUGAUCAUUCUCGCAUAAAACCAGAGACCCCAGCCGUCUGCGCCUGGGAUGGCAAUUUCACCUACGCAGAACUAGCAGCCCACUCAGCGAAUUUGAGCAAUCGACUCCAGACAUUGCAUGGAGUGGUCCCGGAGACCUUUGUUCCGAUAUACGCGGUCAAGUCUCGUUGGGUUGCUGUAGCAAUCACGGCGGUGAUCCGAUCAGGUGGCGCCUUCAUUCUGCUAGAUCCCAGUCACCCCUUGGAACGCUUACGUACCAUUUGCACAAAUAGUCGGGCAACCUUGGUACUAUCUCGGCCUCAGGAGAAGGAGAUAGCCGCUAAACUGAUGGACCGCGUGGUUACUUACGGGGAAGAGAAGCCCGACACGGAAGGCACCAAAGAGGUCGAUGGUUGUCGAGCGAAUGCGGUCCAGUUAACCCCAGAUAACACGCUGUACGGUAUCUUCACGUCCGGCUCAACAGGACAGCCAAAGGGGGUGAUCAUCCAGCAUCGUGCCUUCGCCACGAGUGCCGUCACACAAGCGGGGACUUUGCGCAUCGGACCACAGUCGCGUGUGCUGCAAUUUGCAUCAUUCGCGUUUGAUGUUGCGGUGGGCGAAAUACUUACAACCUUGAUUCAGGGCGGCUGCUUGUGUAUCCCCUCGGAGGAACAGCGGCAACAGGCAUUGCCCCGUGCCGCAUACGAGUUGCAGGCGAACUGGGCCUUCUUCACUCCAUCUGUGGCACGCGUCUUGCGUCCUACCGAUUUCCCAACGCUGCGUUGUUUGGUCUUAGCAGGCGAAGCGGUAGGGAACAAGGAGAUACAGAUGUGGUCCCCCAGAUUGCACUUGAUCCUUGGUUAUGGUCCAUCGGAAUGCGCCGUCUGGUGUUCUGGGACUGUCGACAAAUGCCAUCCCGAGACAGAUGAACGCAGCUUGGGUCGCUGGUUUGGCUGCCGCAUCUGGAUCGUAGACCAGGACGACCCAGACGUUCUCGUUCCCCUCGGUGCCGCGGGUGAGCUGGUGAUUGAUGGUCCCAUCAUCGGACGAGGAUAUCUGAACGACCCGGUCACCACCAAUGCCGCUUUUCUAGACGGUCCCCGAGCAUGGGGUGAAACACAGAGUGGCCGUAUAUACAGAACAGGGGAUUUGGCACGAUAUAAAGCAGAUGGUACACUGCAGUUCGUCGCCCGCAAGGACCUCCAGGUCAAGCUUCGUGGGCAGCGAUUCGAGUUGGCGGACGUAGAACAUAAUCUUCGACAGGUAUUUGACGACACCCAUGACACCUUUGCCGAGGUGACUACCACAUCCAACAACACAAAGCUCCUGGUGGCAUUUGUUUAUGCAUCAUCGGCAUCCCACUCUGCCGAGUCCGACAAAGAGGGCCUGCUUGGGGCACCCACCAGAGAAUUUCGCACGGCCACUGAAGCCGCCGAGGCGCAGCUGCGCACAAAGAUGCCGGGAUAUAUGGUUCCAACGCUGUUUCUCCCAUUGCAGGGGGUGCCAUUGACAAACAAUGGCAAGCUGGACCGCCGUCAAUUGCGAAACGCAGUGACCAGUCUAUCCCUGGAUGACGUGCAGGCUUACUCUGCUCCUGUCACUGCUCGCACCCAGCCGUCCACCCCGGCGGAACGACAGCUACAGAAAAUCUGGUCGGAGGUAUUGGUGCGCCCUGCGGAAACGAUUGGGGUAGAAGACAAUUUCUUCCGCCUCGGUGGGGACUCGCUUCGCGCCAUGACUCUAAUCCCCGGCGCUCGAGAAGCGGGCUAUACUAUCACCAUGGCGGACGUGUUCAACAAUCCCAGACUCAGUGACUUGGCCAAAAUUGCGCGACAAGUCGCUGGCGAAACAACGGCCCCGCUGGAGCCAUUCGCACUCAUUGCAGAUUCCACGGAUCUGAUUGACAUCGCGGCACAACGUUGCGGUGCAUCUCCGGGUCAGAUCGAGGAUAUUUACCCAUGCACGCCCUUGCAGGAAGGUCUCAUGGCCUUAUCAACCAAGUCUGCCGACCGCUACAAGGUCACUUUCCGGUACCAACUUGAUUCCCAAGUCAACCUCGAGCAGUUCCAGUCCGCCUGGAUCGCCAUUGCUGCGCUCAACCCGAUCCUUCGUACCCGCAUGAUACAAUCAGACUACCAUCCUGGCACGUUUCAGGUAGUUCUGGUCGAAUCGCCCCAUUUCUACCAGUUUGACAACCCAGGGGCGUACGAGGAACACAUCCAGGACUGUGAGAUGGUACUUGGACGGCAAUUAGCAGACUUCUCCCUGAUAAAGUCGGCAUAUACUGGCCGCGUGCAGUUCUGUUUGACCUUACAUCACUCCCUGUAUGAUGGAUGGACAAUUCCGUCUCUCUGGGACCAAGUCCAUACCUACUACAGCGUUUCCCAUAUGCCGCAGCUGCCGUGCCCAUUCAAUCGAUUCAUCGAUUAUGUCCAGCGUCAGUCAGAAUCUGCGGCUGAGUAUUGGCGUAGUGAAUUCUCCGAACUUUCCGCCUCAAUUUGGCCUGCUCUACCCUCGGCCCGCCAUACGCCAAUGGCUAAUGCCUCCCUACACCACACAAUCACUGGCCUCCAGCUCGACGGUGGCUCGGGAUAUACUGCCACAACUCUUAUCCAACUGGCCUGGGCCAUGGUGAUGUCCUGCCAGACCGACUCUGACGACGUGGUAUACGGAGUCACUUUGAAUGGCCGCAGCGCACCGCUGGUGGGCAUCGAGGAAAUGGCCGGACCCACCAUUGCCAGUUUCCCGUUGCGUGUCCGGUUGGGCCUCGACUCUGACACAGUAGAAGACGCAUUAUCUGCAAUCCAACAACAGGGUGCAAAGCGGAUACCCUACCAGCAAUUCGGGCUCCAAAACAUCCGAAAUCUAAGCUCCGAGGCCGGCCAGGCAUGUCAGUUUCAAUCUCAACUGGGCAUCCAGCCCGCGUCAACUGCGUCGCAGAAAGCCGGCGGUCUCGUCGAGGAGCUCCACAGUGAGCAUGGCGAUUACGCCGCGUUUGCCGAGUACGCUUUCGUAAUAAUCUGCCAUUUGGACGACACCGACACAUCCUCCAUCCAGGUGGUCGUGAAUUACGACCCCCAGGUAGUUUCAUCUAUGACAGCGAGCAGAAUCCUAGGACAGUUCUCCCACCUGCUUCAGGAGCUGCCUAGGAACUUGGAAACCCCGCUGAACCAGAUUGACGCCCUUAGCCCCGACGACCGGCAUCAGCUAUCCAGCUGGAACCGCAAACUCCCAUCGCCAUUGUCCGCCUGUUUGCACGAUCUGGUUAUUUCCCGUGCCAUCGCAGCUCCUGGUGCUCCAGCCAUCUCCGCAUGGGAUGGCAAUCUCACCUACGAACAAUUGAUCGCUGUCUCGGGACAGCUGGCGGGUCAAUUACGCCUGUUCGGGGUGCAGCGUGGCAGUCUGGUCCCGGUUUGCUUCGAGAAAUCCAAAUGGGCGGCGAUCACCAUGCUGGCGGUUCUCCGAGCCGGCGGUGCAUGCGUUCCCUUGGAUCCCGGUCAUCCCGCCGACCAUAUUGAGAAGAUUAUUCGCCGUGCGAAUGCUAAGGUUGUUUUGACGUCCCCAGAGACCCGCCUGCGAAUCCCUGCAGAUUGUGGUGCCACAGUCACAGCGAUUCCUCUGCAGGGGCUAGCAGCCCACGCGACCGCAGAACCUUGGCCGCAGCCCUCUCCCAACGAUGCUUCAUUCGUUAUCUUCACGUCUGGCAGCACAGGUGAGCCUAAAGGAAUCCUGAUGGAGCACGUGAACCUCUGCACGAGUAUCCGAGACCAUAGCCCACCGAUGUUGAUCAGCCCAUCGACCCGUGCGCUUCAUUUUGCUUCGUACGCCUUUGACGCCAGCAUCUAUGAGCUGUUCUCAAUGCUAUGUAACGGCGCUUGCGUUUGCAUUCCCUCGGAUUCGGACCGCCUCAGUAAUCUGGCGGCCUUCAUCCGCGACGCAAAGGUUAAUUACGCCAUCUUUACUCCGUCGAUCUUGAACCGGCUGCUCCGACCAGAGCUGGUGCCUAGUCUUCGGACCGUUACUUUCGGGGGUGAGGCGGUGACUCAGGAUGUCGUUGACACCUGGGCGCCCCAUGUGACGUUGAUCAAUGGAUAUGGGCCCGCAGAAGCAACGAUUUGCGCCGCUGGCCCUAUUGAUGUGGGAUCGUGGACUGCCGGCACGAUAGGGCCCGUUACCGGAGGUCUUGGAUGGGUCACCAUGCCUUCGGAUGUCUCUCGUCUCGCCCCAGUAGGUGCUGUGGGUGAGCUGGUGAUUGAGGGCCCUGUCGUCACUCGAGGCUAUCUAAACGAUGCCGAACGCACGGCUGAUGCCUAUAUCAGUCCCCCUGGUUGGCUGAGCCAGAUCCGGGGAGAUAACCAAGCCGGUCGGCUGUAUCGCACCGGUGACCUAGUCCAGUACACAGAUGACGGAGGAAUCAGAUUUGUUGGCCGAAAAGACACCCAGAUCAAGUUGCGCGGCCAGCGCGUUGAGCUAUCCCAUGUCGAACACCAGGUGAGACUGUGCUUCCUACAGGCGGCCGAAAUCGUCGCAGAAGUUGUCAUGCGCAAGGGAAAUCCGACCUUGGUCGCGUUCAUCGCUCAAAUGGCACCUGACGACGAAGAGCCCGACGGCUCUGAGGGCGCCAACGAUGGCAAGAACAAGUUGUUUCUUAAACCCAGUACAUCGUUCCGGGCCCAGGUUCAGUCAGCUGUUACGCGCCUAAAAACAUUGUUGCCCGUGUAUCUGGUUCCUGGACUAUUCUUGCAUCUUGCUCGGGUGCCUCGAACAAGCAGUGAUAAAUUGGAUCGACGACGUCUCCGAGACCAGGCCGCCAGUCUGUCGAGCGAACAAAUUCAGGACCUCUCAACGCAGUCUGGAAGCUCAUCUGCGAUGUCGCAUCCACCGCAAACCGCGCGGGAACGCUUGUUUCAGCAGCUCUGGGGAGCAGUCCUUGACAUCCCCGUAGAUAGCAUCGGGGCCCGAGAUGACUUUUUCGAACUGGGCGGGGACUCCAUCAUGGCCAUGAAAUUAACUAGUCACCUGCGACAACAGGGACUCACCCUGAAUGUGUCUGAUAUCUUUGCCUGGCCGGUGCUUGCUGAGCAGGCUUCUGGUGCGAAGGAAUGCACGGAUCAAGCGUAUGUGGAAUCGUACCAUCCGGGGUCGUUGCUCGGGAUUGAUGAUCUUCAAAGCUUUGCUAUCCGUGAGUUGGACUGUUCCUUCCCGGGGUUGGAGAUCGAAGACAUCCUCCCUACCACCGAUUUCCAGCGUGGGUUCUUGGAGCACCAGGAAAUCUACUACCUGCAGCUUCACCUUCCGAUGGAAAUCAACGUGGCGCGCCUAGAGCAGGCUUGCCAUGCCAUAAUAGAACGGCAUCCCAUGCUCCGCUCUGUUUUCGUCCCCCAUGACCACAGCUAUUUGCAAAUUCAAUUCCGCCGUAUCCACUUUCGACUCACCCAAUUCCCUUGCGAUGAUGAUCUUGCAUCCGUUGUCGAGCGUCUCUCUGUGGAAAAUGCCGCGAGGGGGGUCGCCAAAGGGGUUCCAUACUUCCAAGCUUCUCUCAUCUCGCGAUCUCAGUCCGAGUCAGUUCUGCUGCUGCGUGCCAGUCAUGCCCAAUUCGAUGGAGAAUCCAUGCCCCUGAUAGUCCAGGACCUCAUUUCGGUGUAUGAGGGAACGGCGCUCGAAAAGGCGCCACCAUCAUUUGGGCUGUACUUGCGACAUCGCCAGUCGCAUGCCAAUCCGCAGACGUUCAAAUUCUGGCAGCAGUAUCUCCAGGGAGCUGCACUGACCUCCCUCCCUCUAUCCGGCUCGGACAGCGAUGAGAAGUUCACUUUCCGUCAAUAUAUUCCCCUUCCAACGCCACCUCGCGGAAUCACUCUGUCUUCCCUUGUCAAGGCUGCCUGGGCUGUGGUCUUAGCACAGGUCACAGGCCAACGAGACGUCGUCGUCAGUCACGUCCUAAACGGUCGUGACACACCUGUGGCCGGCGUCCACGCUAUUUCAGGCCCCUGCGUCACUGUCUCUCCUAUCCGCAUCACGAUCCCGUCGUCAGACCACGUGCUCGACCUCCUACGGCACGUUCAGGCUCAAUACACGCGCUCCUUGCCAUAUGCCGGGAUUGACUUCCAGGCCAUCCGUCAGCACUCGACUUCGUGGCCCGCGAAUACGGCUUUUAGCCACUUCCUGACCCAUCAGAACGGCGCCUCCUCCCUGAGUUUCAAAAUCCAGGGUCACGACUGCACGUUCAAUUCUCGCGUAAUGGGCGGUAAACCCGCGUUCCAUGUCGUGACGCUCCCUUUGCAGGAUCAGCUAAUUGUACAUCUGAGUAUUUCAGGUCGGUUGGGGUCUAUGGAAGAUAUGAAGAACUUGUCGAAUCGAUACUGCGCAGCUAUCACGGAUCUUGGCCGCGGAGUGUUCCCGUCAUUGUCGGAAUGAAUGUUCUUGUCAUGUUAGGACCUAGCGGGUAUAGACUCAUCCUAUGGGGACGACGCGACUGAAGCUAUUAUGACAUCUAAGUGAUUUGGUGUUCAGAGAUGAAG